AUGGUAGAGGUACUCCAAGCACAUAAGACAAGCGAAAGCAAGACGGAGAAGAAAAGGUCAGCAACUGAUGAUCGAAAAGAUGAGAAGAGGACCAGGACUGACCGCCCAACCGAGAGGACAGCUCGAGCUUGGAGCCCCGAGUACACUCCCUUGAACACGUCAUGGAAGGAGAUCUUAAUGCAAAUUCAAGACGAUGGAUACAUCCGCCGACCUCGGCCGAUGCAAGCCGGGUCAUCCCCGAACCCCAACAAGUACUAUUUAUUCCACAAGGACAGCGGACAUGACACCAAGGACUGUUAUCAGUUGAAAAGAGAAAUCGAAGAGCUGAUCAAGGCAGGGCACUUGAAGCGAAACAUCAAGGGGGGCCGGGAAGAACGUGGAGGUCGAUGGCCCAAAGGCCGCGACCAGAAGAAAGCUGAGCCGAGGUCCGAGAGUCGAAGGGCCGAGCGCGACGAGGAGAAGGCCCGAGCUAGAAAAAAAGAUGACGGAUUCUGGCCGAGCAAUGACAAAGGAGCUCCCAUAGACACCAUCCUGGGAGGACCUGGGUAG